AUGGAUGCCAACUGGAGAUGGCUCCACACCACUUCCGGCUACACCAACUGCUACACUGGCAAUGAGUGGAACACUACCCUCUGCCCGGACGGUAAAACGUGCGCUGCGAACUGUGCUCUCGACGGAGCCGACUAUGCCGCCACAUACGGUGUCACUGCCAGCGGAAAUGCUCUUACGUUGAAGUUCGUCACUGAUGGCUCUUACUCCAAGAACAUCGUGUCCCGCAUGUAUCUAAUAGCCUCCGACACCAAGUACCAGGUGUUCAAAUUAGUAAACCAGGAGUUCACAUUCGACGUCGAUGUCUCCAAGCUGCCUUGCGGAUUGAACGGCGCCCUCUACCUCAUUGAGAUAGAUGAAGAUAGCGGCAUAGCCCAAAUACCCUGCCAACAAGGCGGGUGCCAAGUACGGCACCAGAUACUGCGAUACCCAGUGCCCGCACGACAUCAAGUUCAUCAACGGCGAAGCCAACGUCGAAGGCUGGACGCCCUCCUCCAACGACGCCAACGCCGGCACCGGCACCUACGGCUCCUGCUGCAACGAAAUGGACAUCUGGGAAGCCAACUCCAUCUCGGCCGCCUACACGCCGCACGUGUGCUCCGUCGACGGGCAGACGCGCGCUACGACGGCCUCUGCGACAAGGACGGCUGCGACUUCAACAGCUACCGCCUGGGCCACGAGAUGUUCUACGGGCCGGGGGGCACCGUCGACACGGCGUCCAAGUUCACGGUCGUCACGCAGUUCAUCGGCAGCCCUCUGGCCGAGAUCAAGCGCUUCUACGUGCAGGGCGGGACGGUGAUCCCGAACUCCGUCGUGCGCGCCACGGGCGUCGACGCCGUCAACAGCAUCACGGACGGCUUCUGCAACCAGCAGAAGACGGCGUUUGGGGAUACGAAUAGCUUUAAGAAGCUUGGUGGGUUGGCGGCGAUGGGGGGUGCGCUGAGCCGCGGGAUGGUGCUGGCGCUGAGCAUGUGGGACGACCAUGCGGUGAAUAUGCUGUGGCUGGAUUCGAGCUACCCGACGGAUAAGGAUGCGAGUGCGCCGGGGGUGGCGCGGGGUACGUGUGCGACGAGUUCGGGCGUGCCGAGUGAGAUUGAGGCGUCAGAGGGGGAUUCGCAGGUUGUUUACUCGAAUAUUAAGUGGGGGGCUAUGAAUAGCACUUUUGCUGCUUCGUAGGGAUCUCGUAAGAGAUGUUGGGGCAAUAGGGCGUCAUCUGGGGAUUGAGGCGGAAUGGAUGGUGAGAUGAGAGGUGGGUUUGAUGUUCUAAAGUUGUUGUAUUCUUUCUUUCCUUGAUCUCUGUUUUUUGUAAGAUCUGAGGCACUCAUUUGAAAUUAGGGUUGAUAAGAAAAGAAGUGGAGGGGCUGGUGGGCUAAAUUCAGAUGCAGAGCAUCGAGUGUAGAAUCUAG